GAAUGGAAACCUGUUGUUGGACAUAGAUGAAAAUCUUGAUAGAGUCAAUCAGGCUGUUCCCCAACUAGAGCUGUUUGGGGAUAUGUCCACUCCUCCUGAUAUAACCUCUCCCCCUACCCCUGCGACUCCAGGUGAUGCCUUUAUCCCAUCUUCAUCCCAGUCACUUCCUGCUGGUACAGAGGUAUUUAGUUCUGUACCUUACAGCACUGCUGCUGUACCCUCAGGUUAUGUUGCAAUGGGAGCUGUCCUGCCUUCCUUCUGGGGACAGCAACCACUUGUUCAACAACAACUGGCCAUGGGUGCUCAGCCUCCAGUUGCUCAGGUGAUGCAAGGAGGACAGUCAAUUGCAUGGGGACAACCUGGGAUAUUUCCUCCCACCCAACAACCAUGGCCAUCUGUAGCUGGUCAGUUUCAGCCUGCUGCCUUCAUGCCAACACAAACUGUUUUGCCUUUACAAGCAGCCAUGUUUCAAGGUACUAUUGUUCCCACUGCUACUGUUCCACCUACAAGUGAUUCCACUAGAUCAAGUCCACAGACAGAUAGCCCAAGGCAGCAAGCAGGAAAAGAAAUGUUUAAAGAUUUCCAGAUGGCUCAGGCACCUCCAGUACCAUCACGAAAACCAGAUCAGCCUUCCCUCAGUUGUACCUCAGAGGCCUUCUCCAGUUACUUUAACAAAGUUGGAAUGGCACAGGAUGCAGAUGAUUGUGAUGACUUUGAUAUCUCUCAGUUAAAUCUGACUCCUGUGACUUCUACAACACCAUCAACGAAUUCACCCCCAACUCCUGCUCCUAGACAGAGUUCUCCAUCUAAAUCUUCAGCAUCUCAUACGAGUGAUGCUGCUGCAGAUGACCUCUUUGAAGAGGGCUUUGAAAGUCCAAGCAAAAGUGAAGAACAAGAAGCAGAAAGAGAACCACUCUAUGCCCAGAUCAACAGACCUAAGACCUAAGAAAUAGCAUUGACCCACACUCGUGGCACUUCAAGACUCAAAUGAAAACUACAGUCUUGACAGGCCUUUGGCUCCUAUUAUUAUUAUUUAGUUAUCCCAGCUAAUCAAGGAUAAUCACAUCACUGGAUUAAUUCAACAAACAAGAUGUUUUGGCAACUCUUUGGCAGAGCAUUGCUUUUCUUUUUCUUAUUUUUUAAAAUCCUUCUUUCCUAGGGGAAGAAAAUGUCCAUCUGCAUUCCUGCAACUCUGAACUAUCCAAACACCUUUUCUUCUUGUCACCUUUUGUUGUUUCUAGGACUCCAUAUAAUGAAAGUAGGCAAUCCAAAUCUAUUAGAUGACAACUCAUUGUUUUAUAAUACAGAAACACAGAGAAAGCAAAGACAUCAUGGUCACCAGUUAUUAAGCUACAGCUGCACAUUUGAAGAUAUGGUAACUUUUUUAUUGCCAUCACAAACUGAUCCUUCUGUAUUCGCACCCAUUAUGCCAGCCUAUAACAGCAUAUAUGAAAGAAAAGUAUUCAAGAGUUUCAUUUUUCCCCCAUUACUUAAAAACUGGUGACAGACACUAGCAGCAGAAUGCCUCCUGUGAAAAUAAUUCUUAACUUGAAGUCAUGGAAUCCCAUUCCACCAAUCAUCGAUUUUGAUUGAAUAUGUUGCCAAAUGGACCUUUUAAUUUUCAGUACAUCAAAGAGAUGAAAUGCUGCUUUUCUGUUUUGAAUACUACUGCUAUGAGUAGAGAAGGACAUCAGAUCUUUUGAUGGAAAAACAAACUGUGUGUUAUUUCCUAGGGAACUCUUGAAACAAAGACCAGUAAAGGAUAUUUUUUAUUUCUUUGAUAUCUUGCUGCUGUAAUGCUAUGCAGACAAGUGUUUUUUUCUUCUCUGUGUGCCAUUUUUGAAGAGAAAAAACUGUUUGCCAAAUACUUCUACAUCUGGAUUUGAUUGGGUUGAACUUUAAUAACAGGAUGGAGACGGCAUGAAUUUUGAAAUAAUGAACUUAUUCUGCGGUCAAAUUGUUCAUCUUUAUCACUUUUUGUACAUCAGAAAAAUUCAAAUGGGAUUUUUAUUUUAUAACUUGAAAUUUAAAGAAAAAAAUCUUGCUGUUAAAACUCUUUCAAUGUUUAAGGGGAAAUGGCUUUAAAGAGUCUGAAUGAAAAUUGCCAGGUUUUCUUUUGUUUUGUAAAUAUAAAUGUUAGGAGAUUUUUUUUUUUUUUCUCAUAAUGCCAUCACACUGUAGGGAAGGUAGUAAAUGAUGGUAUUUCAGAAGUGUGGAAAUCCCCAUUUUGUGGUCCUUGUAUCAUGUUUGCUUGAUUUUGUUUUCACAUGCUUAUAGUUAGUGGGCUAAAGCUUAAGUGCAUUUCCCAGCCAUAAUUUUGUUGCCUGAAACUAGCUAGGUUGAUGGAGAACCCAUAACCAUAUGAUCUUGCUUUUAUAACAUAACUAUUAUUACAUACUUUACAUUUUUGGAGAAAAAUCACAUUUCAUACCCAUUUCCUAAUUUAAUAAAAGCUGUUUACACACCACAGAAGCAAGUUUUUUAAAAUUGUUUUUUUUUUUAUAUAUUUAUGUAAGAAAAGUGCAGUGUUUGGUUUCUAUUCUUCGCACAUGAUUUGCAUAAAGAAUCUAUAUAUUUUUGCCCUACAGAGAAUUGUUAUACAGGUCAAAUAUGUUUUCCUGAUGUUCCUAUGCAGAUUACAAUAUAUUGAACUUUAGUGGUUUAGCACUAAAAAAGAAGAGUUAAAUAAUUCAAAUGAUGACUUGUUUCAAGGAUUAUGCAGAUUUUGUUUUUAAAAUCAAAAUACCAAUAUGCUUGUGUUUUCUGUUUUGAUUAUAUAGGCCUGGAGUUAUAUUUCAUGCAUUUGAACAAGAGUAGCUGAAAACUGGUGAUUUGAUGAUAUUGAAACUGAACUUGAUAUUUCCAGUUGGUUUUUUCGAAGUAGGUACUGACGCAAAAUGUGUGUUAAACAGUUAAUGAACUAUAGGCUUUAAUAUCAAUGCAGAUCUAAUGUACUUUUCCAGUCAUUUCCUCUCUGUAGUCCUUUGGUGUGCAAACUUGUUUCAGUAAAAGACUCCAUGUGGAUGUUUCAGAACAUAUGAGUGGUGAUGUGAGAGAGGAACAAAGGCAAACCUGCGUCCAGUUAAAGCAGAAAGUAGUUGUGCCCAAAAUAAAAAUUAACAUAUUUCUUAUACCCCAGUCAAUUUGUUUUUCUUCAUUUCCCCUUUCCCCACCCUGUUGUUAUCCAACCUGAAAAUCAAUUUAACUUUAACUUGCUUACCAUACAUCUAUGAAAGGUGAAGCUUUCCCAGCCCAAAAUAUUCAUCCAUGUUGUAGUCAUCGUCAGGAUCUCUAUGGCAAAUUUGCAUCAGAAGAAAAAUGCAAAAAGCUAUCUCUUUUGUAGCAUGUAAAUGUUAGGUUGGUUUGUUUUUGACCUAGCAAGAAGAUGACAUCAUUUGAAAGGACAUUUCUUUAACAAACA